AUGGAUCAUGAACACUCAGAAGGACCCAAUUCAAGUCAGAAUAUUUCUUUAGUUUUCACUAAUUCAGAUGAAUACUCUCAUUCAGAAGAAAUCGCAAAGUUCAAAGUGCCGAAAUUAACGAAAAAAUGGUCUAAAGUUGUAAUUCGUGUUUCAACAGUUGAUGUCAUCCUCUAUCUCAAUUGUAAUGAAAUAGGUCGUAAAAAAAUGACUCGUCUACCACAAGAACUCGUUUUCGACACUGCUAGUACACUAUACGUCGCUCAAGCGGGACCACAUAUUCAAGAAAAAUAUGACGUAAGUAAUAUCUAUAUGUUUACUAUUUAA